UUGUGAUUGAAAAUAGAGGACAAAAGAUAAAAAAAAUAUUUUCUUAUUUCAAAUUUUUGUUUUUGAUUUAUCUGAGAACUACACAACAACAAAAGACCAAAACAAGCAAAACAAAGAUAACAUACACCAAUUAGAUUGAUGCAAUUACCUCUCUUCGUAUCUACAACAAUUCAUAUAUUUAUUGAAGGAGAAUCAAGAAUUUGCUCCUGGCAGAGAUAAUUUCUUUACCAUUUAUGCCUUUUAUGCAAGGCAAUGUCCAAAAAGGAUGUGGAAAAGUCAAAUAAAAAUACAUUGGAAGAAUGUAUAGCGAGUGAAGAAUAUGCUGCAAUUUCUGAAAAUAUUUUAUCAUCACCUACCCUGCCCACAUUCCAUAAGAGAAAGCAUGAUAUUUUCAGGCGGCUACAAACUGCGGUUUCCCAAUGCAAUAUUCAGUUUAGUGGGCGUAAAGAAUUGGCCACUGAGCAGAACAAACAUGUGGCAAAUCUAUGCGACACCUUGGAGAUAGCCUUUCAGUAUGGCUUAAUACAACAACAGCAACAACAACUGCCAAAUCUGGUGGCAUCAGCAGCGGCAAAUCUGUUCCAAAAUAUGCAUGAAAUUGUAACUGGGACAUCGAAAAGUAUCCUAAAGGCCACGAAUACCACGACGGCAUUUACAGAUCCAUGUUUUUGGGAUUUUUGCAAGGUAUUCCUUACGGCUCACGAGCGUCAGAGAUUUACGGAAUUGAAACAGACGUGGACCAAAUGGGGCAAAGGUCGUGCAUUUAUACGUGCUUCCCUCAAUGAACAUUCCCUGCAUAGAUACAUCCUAACGUGGAUCUCCGAUAGACAAAUGUUACAUGCCCACUACAAUAAGUGGGCCUUGUUGACAGAUGAAACUAUAACAUCAUCCCUUCCAGAUCUUAUAAAAUCAUUGGAUAACGUGUUAUUUGCAUUGGUCGUUGAUAAAACAGAAUUAAAUUCGGCUAUUAAAACAUAUCAGCCCGCUUCAGACGAAUUUGCAAGAGAGGAGCCUGUUAUUUAUGCCCCGACACCUGUAAAGAUAGAACCAAAGGUCAAAGGGAAAUCAGCCAUAGUCGAAAGGCCAAUCCAAACAUUUGGCUCAACAGAAGACUUACUGCAACAGCUUCAAGUGGAUACAGAUAUCAUUAGAUCUGAAUAUCCAGAAAACAGUUGUACUGUCUCCGAGAUUAUUAUCACCGAGGAGACUGAGAGUGGCAUUAAAGAGAGCUCCGAUCCGAUUCCCUUCAUUAAUGCAAAUGCAACAGGGGAAACGAAAUGCGAGCCUUCUAAUGAUGUAGAAGCAGAAUUGAAAUUGCUCAAGAAAACAUUUCUAGAAUUUAGCUCAACAUUACCAAGUAGUGAUGACGAUCUCAACAAGGAAACACCGAAUUCUGGCGAAUGUAUCGCAACGUCACCAGAACUCCAAACACCAUUGCCCAAUGGGGACGUGAAUGAUAUCUGUGUUGAAAAAGAAUUGGAAUCACUCAAGAAAAUCUUUAAAGAAUUCACAACAACAUUGCCCAGCGAGGAUAAUAAAAUUGAAGCCAAAAGUCCCACAUUAUUAUGUUACAGUGAUAGCAAUGGGUCGCCCAAUGAAUUGGAGUCCGAAUGCAAUAAUCCCACGCAUUUAAUGCUACAAAAACAACUGAGAGAGGCUAAUAAAAAGUGUUCCAUGCUAGAUACGAAGGUAGCCGAAUUAACAUUGGAAAAUAUUCAAUUAAUGAUGCGUCUCAAAAAGUACAUGGAUAAUUCAAAGAUAAAGAACGACUCUCUAGCAAAUACGAAUACGUAGCAGAAUACUGGUAUUUGUGAAACAUAUCAAUAUUAACUAUUUACAGAGAACAAAUACAAAGAACAAAUUGUACAUAAUUUGAUAUUAAAACACAUGUAAAAUUAGAUGUACAUAAUAUAUAUGGGAGUUUGGACCCGGGGACCAAAUGAAGAGAUUUGAUAUUUGUAAUAUUUUUGGUAUUUGGUAUUAUGUACGGCAAAUUGUUAAAAGUAUAUAUUACGAAUGGAAUAUUAAUAAAUGUAGUUUACUUUUGUUUUA